UUGCCAAAGCCUCUCUCUCUUCCACGUCAUCAUCUCAUCCGUAACACCAAAUUUUGAGUUUUCCGUUCGUAUUUUUCCCGCUCCCCGGCUCCUCGUGUUUUUAUGAUUCCAUUCAAACAUAAAAACGUAGCAAGAGCAGUUACAAAGCAACAGAAACAUUCGAUUAGUGUUGCUUUUUCAAUUUCAGAUUCAGAAGGAGACGAUGGAAGAACCCGUGAAGGAACAGCAGCCCCUCUCUGCUGGGAACUCUGCGAGACCCAAGCUUCAGAGAUACGCGCUUCGUUCCUCCUCUAAAUCCAAGGAAAACAAGCCAGACGCACCUGAUCGCUCCAUUUCUUCUGAAUCUAAACGGGGGUUAAGUACUCCCCGUCUAAGCAGAAGUGUAUGUGGUCUUGAUUUCUCUGGCAACAAGGACAAGUCUACUAGUGCUAAACCACCAAGAAGGCUCUCCAAUCCUGUGAAAGCAUCUCCCACUCCAAACCUAAAGUUGGUUGGUAACAUUACCCCAAUCUCAGAGAGCAGAACAAUGAGGUCUGGUAAUGUCCAAGGGUCUCAAAGCAGAAGCCAGACACCCGCUUCUGAAAUUUCAAGAACAUCAAGCCGAAUGAAGUUCAAUCUCUUAUCUUCCUCUUCAUAUUGGCUAAACCAGAUCAAGCUCUCUGAGUCUGCUGACAAGCACUCAGUUUCACUUGGAUUCUUCAAACUUGCCUCGGAGGCAAGAUGUGAGCCGUUUCAGAAGAUGAAAGAUGAGCUAAAGUCUUAUGUGCAACGACAUCAGCUUGCUGAACUUGGAGAAGUGAAAGAACUGCUUCAAAGCUAUGACAUUGCAGAAAAUAUAGAGCAGCCACAAGUGUCUGAAAGCAUUACACAGGUGCCAGAGGAAGGAACUGGAUCCUCCGAUGAUGAAGAAGUGCACUGCAGUUCUUCGUCCACCAUGGACACUGCAAAACUGAAGCCUGAACCCUUGGACACUGAAUCCACUGAACCUGCUCCUGUUAAAAUAGAGUCAACCAAGAAGGAAACUAGCCAAAAGAAUAACCACCCCGGAUCCAGGUUGAGAGAAAAUCUCAAGAACUCUGCAAAUUCAAGACCUGCUUCUGACAGUGGGAGUUCUAGAUUGGUUAAAAAAUCAGAAAAGCCAACUACGCAACAAACUAAUAAGGAAAAAAGCGAGGUCAAGAAACAAGGAAAGAAAUCUGAUGUUAUAAAAGCUCCAAUUAGCCCCACACAUGCUGAAGAUAAUGCACAGGGAAACAAAGAAAAUAUGGAUGUUCAGACCCCUGAUGAGAUGAUUUUGACAGAAGUCGCGUAAACAAGCUUUGCAGAUCUGAAUUUUUUUCACAAAGCUUUGUCUACAGUGUUUUAUGUGUGUGCAGUUAUCCUCUCUACAGGAAAACAGAUGAAACAUGAAAAUUGUUUUCUCACCGUUUGCUGUCCAAGGCUGCAUUACAUCUCUUUUUAUCAGUUGGCAAUAGAUAUAUAUUUUGUGCUUGUGUCUUAAUGUUUAAUUGUUAAUCAAACCAAACUGUACGGAAUAUUCUGGUUUAUCUUGUCUAUAGGUGCUUUUAUAAUAUAUGCAAAGACAAAUAGAUUUCUGACAUAA